AGAGGGCUCAGGAUUUUAUUUUUCGUUUACAUAGGGAAUCCAAGAAAGGAGACAGGCAAAGUGAGUCUCAAGGAUGAGAGCAGAGAAAAGCUCGAGAUAAGAGCUGUGCAGCACGGUCAGGAGGCGAUCAGUCUAGGUCCGAACAGGAGGAUCAGACACAGCGGAUGUGUUUGAGCCUUUGGAAAAUAUUAUUGGGCAUGUGGCAAAAACGUUGGGGCACUUGAAAAAAAAAAACUGGCCAUGGGUUAGUAAAAAGCUAGGUAUGUGAAAAUAUUAGGUAACUAUUAAAAGAAAAAAAGGUUGUACAGGAAUUGUGGCAUGGUUUUAUACAGUAGCAGUGAACAGCAGGUAAUCGUGAAGGGAUAAGCCUGGUUUCAUUACGACAGCUGUGACAGUUGCAGGUACCAAAAUGGAACUACUUCUACCAAUCCCUAAACAAAUGGAGUGGAGAGGCCACGAAGGGGGAGCUCUCACGCGGGGAUACCUGCAGCAGGCCUCCUCAGAACACGCUCCCGCACGUCCUGCACGUUUGCCUGUAACCAGACUCACUGCAGGGAAAUUCCUCGGGACUGCAGUAUUCCAGACAAGCAGCUUGUACUAGGACUUGGGCCUGGUAAGGCUCUCUCUCCAACAACGAGCUAACGCCCACUCCUGCAGCAAGCGCCCACGGCCAGUGGUUUUUGUUACAAAACGACUUUUGUGAGCUCAUCUAUAUUUUCCCCUUCUCCCAGCCCCCUCGGAUAGGCCUAUGAUCUGUCAUGGCACGAACACCCUAGGCUGCAACCCCCUGCGAUGCCCAGAUUAAUUCACUUGUCCUGGAGAGCCUGCCUCUGGGUUUCCUUUCAGGUUGACAGUUUGGGAGCUAACAGGACCACGUGAGGGGUGCAGCGGGGAAGAUCAGCCAGGUUCUCAGGGACCUUCCCUGGAAGUACGCAAUGUCUACAAUUAAGAAAUGUGAGGCCGGGGGCUGUGGCUCACGUCUAUGAUCCCAGCACGUUGGGAGCCCUAGGCGGGCAGAUCACGAGUUCAGGAGUUCGAGACCAGCCUGGCCAACAUGGUGAAACCCCGUCUCGACUAAAAAUACAAAAAUUAGGUGUGCGUGGUGGUGCAAGCCUGUAGUCCCAGCUGCUCGGGAGGCUGAAGCAGAAGAAUCAUUUAAACCCGGGAGGCGGAGGUUGCAGUGAGCCGAGAUCGCGACAUUGCACUCCAGCCUGGGAGAUAGAGAGAGCCUCCGCCUCAAAAAAAAAGAAAUGAGAAAGUAGCAGUGCAUUGUUUAGAAAGGCGGAGACUUCUCUGAGGAGAAAGCGAGAAACAAGCGUCCGCCUCUAGGGUGCAGAACCGGGGGCGGGAGGACGGGCCCGGACUGCUGUUUCUCGCUGUGUGCAGGUCUGCGUGACUCAAAAGCCCGGACCGGGUCCACUCUGGUGGAGUCGGAAAGAGGUGGCUGCCGCGCGGCAAGUCCCGCCAGUGCCCGCGAGCGCGACGACGGUCCCGAGCCCCCGUCUCUAUGGCAACCGAGUGCGUCUCCGGGACCGCCAUUGCGCAGGCGCCCAGAGGCUAAGCCGCUCGGCCCCCAGCAGCGCUACGCAGGGCAGGCGAAGCCGACCCUCCCGCGCUGACGCACUUCCGGCGCCUGCCCCGCCCAUCCCUGCGGCGGGGGCGUGGCCGUGGCCACGGCGCUCCGGCGGGGGCUGGCCCUGGGCUCCCGCUGUCGGGGUCCCACAGUUUCUAGCCGCCCCUGUCCUCAGUGCCCGGUGGCCCGGGAGGGCCUGGGAGCCCGAGGCCGUCCCCGAGUCGCUGCUGGGUCACUGGCACGAUGCAGGCCGUUCUCUCGGCUGAUGGGUUGGAAGCCCAGCGAGGCUAGAGGCCAGUCCCAAAGUCUCCAGGCAUCAGGGCUGCAGCCCAAGAGCCUCACGGCGGCCGGGCGGGCGACUGGACGGCCGGACAGGUCCCGAGCAGCCCCGCCCACCAUGGACCCCUCCGCCCACAGGUCCCGAGCAGCCCCGCCCACCAUGGACCCAGACCCCCAGGCGGGCGUGCAGGUGGGCAUGCGGGUGGUACGCGGCGUGGACUGGAAGUGGGGCCAGCAGGACGGCGGCGAGGGCGGCGUGGGCACGGUGGUGGAGCUUGGCCGCCACGGCAGCCCCUCGACACCCGACCGCACGGUGGUCGUGCAGUGGGACCAGGGCACACGCACCAACUACCGCGCCGGCUACCAGGGCGCGCACGACCUGCUGCUCUACGACAACGCCCAGAUCGGCGUCCGGCACCCCAACAUCAUCUGUGACUGCUGCAAGAAGCACGGGCUGCGGGGGAUGCGCUGGAAGUGCCGUGUGUGCCUGGACUACGACCUCUGCACGCAGUGCUACAUGCAUAACAAGCACGAGCUUGCCCACGCCUUCGACCGCUACGAGACGGCCCACUCACGCCCUGUCACGCUGAGUCCCCGCCAGGGCCUCCUGAGGAUCCCACUAAGGGGCAUCUUCCAGGGAGCGAAGGUGGUGCGAGGCCCCGACUGGGAGUGGGGCUCACAGGAUGGAGGGGAAGGGAAACCAGGCCGUGUGGUGGACAUCCGUGGCUGGGAUGUGGAGACAGGCCGGAGCGUGGCCAGCGUGACGUGGGCUGAUGGUACCACGAAUGUGUACCGUGUGGGCCACAAGGGCAAGGUGGACCUCAAGUGUGUGGGCGAGGCAGCGGGCGGCUUCUACUACAAGGACCACCUCCCAAGGCUUGGCAAGCCGGCCGAGCUGCAGCGCAGGGUGAGUGCUGACGGUCAGCCCUUCCAGCACGGGGACAAGGUCAAAUGUCUGCUGGACACUGACGUCCUGCGGGAGAUGCAGGAAGGCCACGGCGGCUGGAACCCCAGGAUGGCGGAGUUUAUCGGACAGACGGGCACCGUGCAUCGCAUCACGGACCGCGGGGACGUGCGCGUGCAGUUCAACCACGAGACGCGCUGGACCUUCCACCCCGGGGCGCUCACCAAGCACCACUCCUUCUGGGUGGGCGACGUGGUCCGGGUCAUCGGCGACCUUGACACGGUGAAGCGGCUGCAGGCUGGGCAUGGCGAGUGGACGGACGACAUGGCCCCUGCCCUGGGCCGCGUCGGGAAAGUGGUGAAAGUGUUUGGAGACGGGAACCUGCGUGUAGCAGUCGCUGGUCAGCGGUGGACCUUCAGCCCCUCCUGCCUGGUGGCCUACCGGCCCGAGGAGGAUGCCAACCUGGACGUGGCUGAGCGCGCCCGGGAGAACAAAAGCUCACUGAGCGUGGCCCUGGAUAAGCUUCGGGCCCAGAAGAAUGACCCGGAGCACCCGGGAAGGCUGGUGGUGGAGGUGGCGCUGGGUAACAUGGCCCGGGCUCUGGACCUGCUGCGGAGGCGUCCAGAGCAGGUGGACACCAAGAACCAAGGCAGGACCGCUCUGCAAGUGGCUGCCUACCUGGGUCAGGUGGACUUGGUACAGCUCCUGCUACAAGCCAGGGCUGGCGUGGACCUGCCGGACGAUGAGGGCAACACGGCGCUGCACUAUGCGGCCCUGGGGAACCAGCCUGAGGUCGGCAGGGUGCUCCUGAGUGCUGGGUGCCGGGCAGAUGCCAUCAACAGCACCCAGAGCACAGCGCUGCACGUGGCCGUGCAGAGGGGCUUCCUGGAGGUGGUGCGGGCCCUGUGUGAGCAUGGCUGUGACGUCAACCUGCCUGAUGCCCACUCGGACACGCCCCUGCACUCCGCCAUCUCGGCGGGCACUGGCGCCAGUGGCAUCGUCGAGGUCCUCACGGAGGUGCCAAACAUCGAUGUCACCGCCACCAACAGCCAGGGUUUCACCUUGCUGCACCAUGCCUCCCUCAAAGGCCACGCGCUAGCUGUGAGAAAGAUUCUGGCUCGGGCACGGCAGCUGGUGGACGCCAAGAAGGAGGACGGCUUCACGGCGCUCCACCUGGCCGCCCUCAACAACCACCGUGAGGUGGCCCAGAUCCUCAUCCGGGAGGGCCGCUGUGACGUGAAUGUGCGCAACCGGAAGCUGCAGUCCCCGCUGCAUCUAGCCGUGCAGCAGGCCCAUGUGGGGCUGGUGCCACUGCUGGUGGACGCUGGGUGCAGUGUCAACGCCGAGGACGAGGAGGGGGACACAGCCCUGCACGUGGCGCUGCAGCGUCAUCAGCUGCUGCCCCUGGUGGCUGAUGGGGCCGGGGGGGACCCAGGGCCCUUGCAGCUGAUGUCCAGGCUACAGGCCUCGGGCCUCCCCGGCAGCGCGGAGCUGACGGUGGGCGCGGCGGUCGCCUGCUUCCUGGCGCUGGAGGGCGCCGACGUGAGCUACACCAACCACCGCGGCCGGAGCCCGCUGGACCUGGCCGCCGAGGGCCGCGUGCUCAAGGCCCUUCAAGGCUGCGCCCAGCGCUUCCGGGAGCGACAGGCGGGCGGGGGCGCGGCCCCAGGUCCCAGGCACGCGCUCGGGACCCCCAACACCGUGACGAACCUGCACGUGGGCGCCGCGCCGGGGCCCGAGGCUGCUGAGUGCCUGGUGUGCUCCGAGCUGGCGCUGCUGGUGCUGUUCUCGCCGUGCCAGCACCGCACCGUGUGCGAGGAGUGCGCGCGCAGAAUGAAGAAGUGCAUCAGGUGCCAGGUGGCCGUCAGCAAGAAGCUACGCGCAGGUCACACCCACUCCACCUGCGGCCCUGACUCCAGCCCCCACACCACCUUACGCCUGAUCUCCACGGUUCACAUCCUGCCCGCAGCCGGGACCCAGCUCUGCCUCCAAGUCACACCCACUCCACCAACUCCCUUUCCAGGUCACACCCCAUCCCAGACGGCUCUGAGGUGGCGAGCGCCGCCCCCGCCCCCGGCCCGCCGCGCCAGCUGGUGGAGGAGCUGCAGAGCCGCUACCGGCAGAUGGAGGAACGUAUCACUUGCCCCAUCUGCAUCGACAGCCACAUCCGCCUCGUGUUCCAGUGCGGCCACGGCGCAUGCGCCCCCUGCGGCUCCGCGCUCAGCGCCUGCCCGAUCUGCCGCCAGCCCAUCCGCGACCGCAUCCAGAUCUUCGUGUGAGCCGCGCCGCCCGCCACGCCCGAGCUGCCUUCGCGAGCCCCCGCCCUGUGUUUUAUAAAAAGAUUCUCGGACGUUG